UUUUGUAGUUUUGUCAAAAAUUAAUAAACUAUCUCAGAUAGUAUAAUACCAUCCAAAUGGAAGCGGACCUUCCCAUGAUAUCUAACCCACUUUCUGUUUGGAAAUCCACCUCCCCAAAGAAAGAUUGAAAUUUAAUAAUCACCCAUCACAAUCACAAACACAAACACAUAUACUCACAUGCCAACUAGAUUCAACCGAUAACGUACCCUCACCAUCCCAUCUGCAUUUCAACAUCAAGCCUAUUGCAGAUCAAUGAAGAAGAAUCGACGAAGUUUAAUCUACUUGAAAUCCAUUCUCUACAAGCUAUGACGCCGGCGAUUAGAUUCUUCCAAUCUCGAUCUGUUUACGAACGCCUUUGACCACACCUACAUAAAGGUAAUGAUGAUGAAGCGAUCAGUGCGUCCAUUUUUCAGUGUUCUGCUCGUCUUUGCCGCCGCCGCCGCGACUCUGUGUUUUCGGAUCAUUGUAUCCGGCGCCUUUGGAGACAUUCUUCAUAUUAGCGAUACAGAAGCUACAGAGAAGGCUCCCUCAGUGUUUAAUUCAGCUUUGUUGACGUUUGCUGCUUUUGAUUUAGCUGAGAAGUCACUCAGACAAAACGUCGAGCAGCUGGUGGACAUGGAUUUCCGAAGCGAUAACUUCAAUCGCCAGCGAUCGUUUCUGUCGGCGGGUAGGUACCGUAUGGAUACUGGUGCUAGGUCCGUUAGGCGUGGCCCUGUGGAUCUCAGGUCGCCGGAGUUCUACAGUCUGUGGUUGAAAUUUCGACGGUAUUUACGGGAUUGGUGGCGCCACCGUCGGUUUGAUCCUGAUGUGAUGUUCGACAUAGUCAACGUGUUGAAGACUGUAAACAUGACCGGGGGUUUGGGAUCCAGGCGGAAGUACAGGACGUGCGCGGUGGUCGGUAACAGUGGGAUUUUGCUCAAGCGUAAUCUAGGCGGAGAAAUCGAUAGCCAUGAAUUUGUGAUCCGAUUGAACAAUGCUAGAAUCGGUGGCUAUGAACGAUUUGUUGGCUCAAAAACCAGUCUCUCAUUCAUGAACAGCAACAUUCUCCAUUUAUGUUCACGUAGAGGAGGUUGUUUUUGUCAUCCAUACGGCGAGAAAGUUCCUAUAAUGAUAUCCAAAGCUCGACGUUCUAUGUGCAAGAAUCAUCAAGUAUUAUUCAAUCAAAAGGUACUUGAAACAAACCGAGAAGCCAUUAGAGACAUGGAGCUCCGUUCAUGGAGGAUCCGAAUUUCAUUAUUCCUCCGGUAUGCAAGCCAUCAUGCUUGCUUUGGGGAUCUGUGACAAAGUUAGCAUCUACGGAUUCGGUAAAUCAGAUUCAGCCAAACAUCAUUAUCAUACAAAUCAGAAAAAAGAACUUAGUUUACACGAUUAUGAAGCAGAAUAUGAUCUGUAUGAAGAUCUAGUCGCAAACCCUGAAGCCAUCCCUUUCGUUUCAGAUAAGUUCAAGUUCCCUCCUGUAACUAUUCACAGAUGACACAUUGUCAUCGUCUCAUUGUAGCUUCUUUUACACACGUUACUCAAUUCCCAAUUCCCACUCUUCUUUUCUCAGAUUUCUAUAUGAAACAUUUUAAUUGUUGAGAGAUAAAAAAUAUGUAGACAUUAAAUUACUUCUAGUCAUUGAAAUGAAGUAAAAACCAAAAUAUAUACAAUGAGUAGAUAUAUAUAUUCAUAGAACCAAGUACAUAAACACAUAUAUAGCCGAUAGUAUAGUACUACCACAUGAUGCCCAAACAUAUUGCAAAAUGACAUCAAUGAUUUUUACAUCAAAAUAGACCAUACUACCCCUAAAGUUCCUAUCUUUUUAGAAAAGACCAAAAAACCCUUUACCCACAUCAACCAUCUUUACUCAACAGGAGUAUCAGCACCAGCUGGAUCAACUUCCUCAUACACAACAUCUUGUUCUUCAAACUUCACUCCAACCAAAAACCUUAUCAUCACCUGCAAACCCAAAACCCAAAGAACAAAUGACCAUUUUACCCUUCACGAAAAUUACUUACUAUUAAAACCCACAGUUAAUUACCUGUUUAGGAUCAUAAACAGCAUACUCAUUAUACUCGAGAGGACUAUCUUUAUGCUCAGAUUCAACCAAACUACCACAUGGCACCAUGAUAUCAUCCUUCCAAACAAAAUGCUCUUUUUCAUUGGUUUUCUUCCUUCCUAAACCCUUCACUCCUGCCUUUUUCUCCUCUAAAGACUCCGUAUCUUCAGGCACCGAGGUUAUUUCUGUAAUUUCCUUCCCCAAAGAAGCCACAGCCAAAACUAGAAAACCUUCUGGCCUAUCCACAGCUGUAUACCCAUACCUUGCAGCUUCUGCAGCCGCAUCAGAACACACAAUCGCCCUACCAAACUGUACACCACACUUGCUGACAUCAUCAUAGUACAAAACAAAAAACAACAUAGUACAAAAACAAAAAACAGAAUGGUAUAGUUAUAGUUCCGUACCAUGUAUCCAGAAACAGGGAGUGUGCAUACAGCUGGCAAGAAUCCUUUAUGCAAGUGCCUCAAUAGAUUCGAACUUCGUGUCCCUAAAGUUACGACACAAUAAGAUGAUCUUUAACAAAUUACUAUAAUACCCUGAGAGUGGGGAAAAGUCUCUUACUUACCACACCAUAGAAGAACUUUAUUUGGGAGUUUUUUGAUAUCAUCAUAAGAAGGUCCUGCACCUACUUCCACUUGAAACACAUUCUCAACAGAUAUCCCAUAGCUCUGAAAAUUACAAAGAUUAGAUCACAAAUUUACAACCGUUGGAUCAAUCAUUAGAGAAUAUAUAGGAAAUGGGAUCUUACAAUCUCCCCAACUUUCACAGGCUCGUAGGUUUUUUCAACGUAUUUAAGAAUCAUAUUGUAGUCAUCUGAUUCCUUCUCCAAAGGUGAAAUUGAGCAACCGAGUUUCUUGUAUCUAUCAAAUAACGGGUCAUCAAUGGUGGAUCCACUCAUAUCUUCUAUAAUCCUUGAAGCAACAUUUAUAUCCCUCACAGUUUCAAGCACAGAUGCACCCUAACACGAUAACCAUAAGAAGUACGUAACUUUACAGAUUAAGAAAUGAACAAAUCAAUAGAUAACGAUGAAUUUUUUAAUUUUAAAUUUUGCUUACAUGGUCUGCAAGAUCUUGAUGAUCUCUGAAGAUAAAAGGUCGUGUAGAGUGCAACAGUGUGAACCAUCGUUGACUGAAGUCUGACCACACAGCGCUAGGUUUGUCUUCUUCCCCUUCUAUCGUCUUGAAUAGCUUCUCAACAAAUUCAAGUAAAGUUUCUUCACCUGAAAAAAGGGACUUGGUUAACUGAAUAUGAAUAGUAAUUGAAAACUUGAAAUUGAAAAAGUGAAAACUUACAUUUUUGUAUAUGGAAAUCGGUGAGCAUGGCGACAGGAAGAUCAGGUGCGUCAAGUCCCAUCUCCAUUAACGCAUACCUGUAAAUCUCUUGACCACAGAGCACUUUCAUGAAAUUAGCGACAAACGGAUCAAGCUUGCAGUGAGCUGCAGCUGCUCCAAGCUGACGUAACCCUAGACCUCCAUAUCUGACGUCAUAACCAUCGUCGAUGUCAAUCGGGUAAAACUUUCGCGGCUUUUUCUGAAUCUUCUUCUCUCGUUCCCAUGGUUCGAAUCCAUUACCAGUCAACUCCUCGAACAUUUCAGCGAACUCUUUGAUUGCUUCAUCGACGUUCUUCUUUUCUUCUACUCUUUCUUCUGCUCGUGGAUCUGCUCCGACUUUCCCUCUUUUGUAAUACAAAUGGAUCCGAUUCUCCGGCACCAUUAUCAGUUGCAUCACGCAGAUCUCGUUAACUUUUCUUCCUCUAUCGCUUACAGAAAGAGCACAGUUGUAUAUGAUUCCGUCUUUCUCGAAGAUCACACCGCCUUCUUUGUCUAAUUUGCUAUCCUUGUGUACGCCUCUCUUUCCAUACACCUUGAUCUGUUGGAAUUUGAAGAACAGAGAUGAGUGACGUUAAUUAACUGUUAACAGAAGUUAUGGAAGAUGAAGAAUCGUUUACUUCGGCGUUUAGAGAUUCUAGCGCUUCUUGACUUGGAUCUUGCAUGUCCCAUGGAAUUCCUUUUCCGUCAACAGCGAGAUCGCUAACGACGUCGUAAGCGUCCAGUGGCUGUGGUUCGUCUUUCUCGAUGCUAUCGUUCAGCCAUGCUUCACGUACUACUGGAAUACUUCGCUCUCUGUUUCAUUUAUUCGAGUAUUUUAGAUCUAGUGAGAGAAAUAGAAAGAGAAGGGGAAGGAAGUAAGAUAAGAAACACUCACAAUGCUUCUGUAACUUUCGACGAUCCUCCUCGAUCUCGUUCAGAAGAUGACACGACUACACACGUCACUCCGAUUACAUGAUUUGCGACUUUUCCUCCAUGUUUUUCGAUCUUAGUCUUCCAAUAUUGCUUCAGAAGACGAUGAAAACAGUGAGAAAAGGAUAUAGAAGUCGUAAAACUCUAAGAACAACGAGAAGAACAUAUUACAUACAUGUGUGCGAGAGAGUCGACCAGAGAGAGAUAUGAUCAUUCCUGCAAAAGGCUUAUCUUUUGACUGUAUAUCCCUCUUCGGUUUCCCCUUCGGGGUCUCGAUGCUCCAUCAGUAACUAUACAAAAACAAUGUAAUCGGUUGGAUCAUAGCAAAAAAAAACACACAAUAGAAUCAAGGAAUAUAGGGAAUUACAUCAGAAAUGGGGGAAUCCUGCACAAAAUCAGGGUAUUUGAUAGGCUCUUCGGUUCUGGGAGGAUCAUUGGUGCUAUACGUGCAUGUAGACCACUCACUGUAUGAUCCUUCGCAGAUGUAAUUAUGACCAUCGUGAUGCAGUGUUCCACCGCAGAUAGGACACUCCUUUAACACUCCGUAGAACAUCAUAUCUUGACUGAAGAAGCGAAUAUACACAAAUACACAAUGAAAAUCUCAAUGCAUGCCAAGUGUUUGUGUUUAUGCCUAUGAGAAAUUAGAACUUACCAUCUAGGCACAACAGCAUCAUCUGAGCCUGAACUAUCGGCGUUGUUAGCUUCGAGGAUAUCACGCAUCUGCUUAAUCGAGAGAUGUUGACUUGUGGUUUUACAGAAGUUAUCAAACUCAGCGACAAUGUCAGUUAGAGAUUUGUUAUUCGACUUAUUUCCAUUGUUGUUGUUGUUAUCCUCUGAUUUUGGUUUCUUGUUUGGUGAUUGCUCGUGUUCUUGCUUCUCCGCUUUCUGCUUUCUGGUCAUGAUUUUCUCUUCGUCUCCUGGAAGAUGAUUAUGUGAUCUUGUAUCAACCUUCAUGGUAGUGUGUGAGUAUGGUGAUUUCCUUGAAGAACAUAAGAUUUGAAGCAACAAUGGCGGGGUUAAAUUUAUUGUGUUCUUUUUGGAGGUGGAGAAAAGAGGUGAUGACACGUAGGCUGUAUGUGCCUUCUCCCUGUGUUGACAUCUGUAUCUCUGUAGUGACACGUCUCCGCCGUUUUUACUCUCUCUUUGUUUUGUUUUUUACUAUUAAAAGUGGAUAUUGAAUUUUUGGGUAAAUCCCUUACCGAGUGUAAUUAAAGCGAAGUCUCUGGUCGACGUUAUUGUCAUUACUCCUCGACAUCAUCGAAUAUUGCAAGAGGAUAUAUAUCCUUUAAUUUCCAUGUCAUUUUUUUAUUUUUUUAUUUUAAUUGUUUUUCACUUAUUGUUUUCGUUUCCUUCGAAACUUGUAACUUAUACGGAU